GCGGUGACAACACCCAAGGAAUGUUUGCGAAACACGCGAUCGGGGAACCAGCGACCGGUCGAGAGCGACCCACUUUCGACCUUGCCGAACAAGUAGCAUGUCUGGCCCUGUGAACAAGCUCGGGAAACUCGUCGCCAAGAUCAACAGCAGCAGCGCGCCGGCCUUUCUCCGCGAAGGCGCGCUCAGCACGGCGUUCAACGCGCAGGUCAAGAUGGCCGGCGUCGCCGGUAUCCACGUCGAGACGCUCACGGAGCAGAAGAGCGUCGUGUCGCUCAAGAACUCGUUCCGCGUUCAGAACCACAUUGGCGGCGUCCACGCGUGUGGCAUGGCGCUCCUCGCCGAGUCGGCGUCGGGCAUGGUCUUUGGCAUGAACGUGCGCGACUCGCACCUCCCGCUGCUCAAGUCCAUGUCGAUGAGCUACGUCAAGCGCGCCAAGGGCGAUCUCAAGGCUGUUGCGACGCUCACGGACGCCCAGCGCGACGAAAUCGCAAAGUCGGACAAGGGCGAGGUGCUCGUGAACGUUGUUGUCACCGACUCGGCCGGCGACAGCCCCGUCGAGUGCGAAAUGCGCUGGGUCUGGGUGCCCAAGCGCAAGUAGAUGCUACCAUGAGUCCUCUUUUGACUUAUAAUCUCUACGUGUGUUGCGUACGUCUAGCGAUCUCUCGAUAGCGCGACUCGGUCGGUUCACCGUCGACGUGGACAAGGCAUCACUCAAUGCAAGAAGAUAUGUAGUAUUUGUGUUAUGUGUUAACAGAUAUGCAGCAGUACGCG